AGACCAGACUGAGCUCUACUGAGGAACAACUGGACCAAUUAAAGAAUCAGUCUGCAGUUCUGGAGGUCAGACUGAGAGUCAGUGAGAAACGGCUGGAGGAGCAGGAAACAGGAAGCUCAGCUCAGUUCUCCAGGAUGGAGUCCAGACUGACAGAUGAACAGAGCAGAACUGCAGAGUUUGAAACCCAACUGUCAGCUGUGACUUUCAGACUGAAUGUGACUAAGGAGCUUCUGGAUGAUCUGAAGAAUCAAAGUCUAGCUGGAGCAGCUGAACUGGCUUCACUUUCAGAGAGACUGACUGCGGCUCAGGGGAACACAGAAGAUGAGCUGAAGGUGGCUUUCUCAGCCGGUCUGACUGAUUCAGGAAUAGUCGGUCCAUUUGAUGAAGAAACUACUCUGAUCUUCUCCAAAACCAUCACCAACGUUGGCCGAGGCUACAACAGCUCUGCAGGUGUUUUCACCGCUCCAGUCACAGGACUUUAUUUCUUCAGCUUCACGGCUGCAGAUUACUUGAAGGGUUACAUGGGCCUGUACCUGUACCGGAACGAGCAGCCAGUCAGCUUCAGCCUGGAUCUGAAUGACCACGGAGGGUACACCUCCAUGACCAGUGCAGUGGCUCUGCAGCUGGACCGGGGUGAUCAGGUUCGCCUCGCUCUGCCAGCCAGCUAUCGGCUCUAUGACGACUCCAGAAACUUCAGCGUGUUCUCAGGUUUCCUGCUGUUCCCGGUCUGACCCAGCUGAGUCAGGAGCAACAUGGAGUCUUCAUUCAGACUGAAAUAAAAGUUGAUUUUUUUGUGUCAGUGGAAAGGUCAGUCAGUGGUUCCAUUUUGAACAAACUCAGUUUGAAGCAUCUUGAUGAGUAUAAGUACACAUUUCAUCAGGUUGGAUAUGUGUAUUAUUUUGUGGUUUGUCUCUUGUCUAUGCUGUGUAUGAUCUAAUCCCAACCUGCAUGUCUCUCCAUACAGGUUGGGAACAGAUCCGGUCAUGGUUGGAAUGCUGAGUGACAUCAAAAACUGGGGCAAAAAAAAAGAAGUGUAAUAUCGCAUCUAUCCCAUCCCAACAGAAAAAUCAAGUUAGGAAAAAAAUGUAAAAAAAAAAAAGAAAAGAAAAAAAGACACCAUUUGAUUCUGACAUUUUAAUAAAGUCACCUUAGCGCUGAGUUGGAUUCUCUAGUCCAGUACUUGACUGGUUUGAAUCUUACCCAUUCACUUUUUAUGUCAACAGGUAACGUCUCAUGGCAGAGGACAGAAAAAUCACAUUUGGGGGACCUCAAGGUUCAAUCUUGGGACUCCUACUAUUUAAUAUCUAUAUGCUCCUGCUAGCUCAAACACAAGUAGCCAUAACUACGCAGAUGCUCCACAGCUCUACAUUAUGAUGUCACCAGGUGACUCUAAACCCAUCCAAACACUGAACAGAUACUUAGAACAAAUCAAUGCAUUGAGAUAAUCAAUGCAUGAUUGUACAGAUGUGUUGCUCUCUUAAAGCAUCUCUGCAGCUCAUUGGUCAGAGCUUUGCAUGUCUCCAGGCUGACCGGCUGAUCUGUAAGAGGAGCAGCAACAGGUCAGCUCACUUCCACCUUCACUUUAUAGACAGACAAUAAACACACAGCACAGCAGCAACUACAGUCAGGGGAAAGAAUCAUGACCAAUCUUAAUUUUUGGGAGAAAAUGCGUUCAAUGCGUCAGUUAUAAAAC